GGCUGAUGGAGGAAGCGCCCGGAUGAAGGCAGACGCACUUCAGAGCGCGCAUCAGAGCCCUGCAGAGAUCUGCGCCGCGCGCCUGAAACAGCGUCACCUGCAUGAAGCGGAGAUGGAGUUCAGAUAGACGCGUCGCUCCAGCCUGUGGACUGACCGCUGUGACUUUAACUUUCUGCACUUCAUGUCUACACGCCCUGAGAAAAUGUGGAAAUACGCGAACUUGUUGGUCUGUCUGCUGGUGUUGUGUAAGGACGCGUCCUCACAGAGCAAGAUAUUUGGGGAGACUGAGCCUGUCAGGAUGACGUCGGAGGGCUCCGACUGCCGCUGCAAGUGCAUCAUGCGGCCCCUGAGCAAAGAUGCCUGCCAGCGGCUGCGCAGCGGCGCCGUGCGGGUGGAGGACUUCUACACGGUAGAGACGGUCAGCUCUGGAUCGGACUGUAAGUGUUCAUGCACGGCUCCACCCUCCUCCCUAAACCCGUGUGAAAAUGAGUGGAAGAUGGAGAAGCUGAAGAAACAGGCCCCAGAGUUAUUAAAGCUGCAGUCUAUGGUGGACCUCCUGGAGGGAACUCUGUACAGCAUGGAUAUGUUAAAGGUUCACUCCUACAUCAACAAGGUUGUCUCUCAGAUGAACACCCUUGAAGAGUCCAUCAAAGCAAACCUAACUCGAGACAACGAAUAUGUGCGGGACAGCAUGAUGAGCCUCACCAACCAGUUUAAAAAAUAUGAGAACUACUCCAACAUCAUGAUGAGCAUCAAGAAGGAGAUCUCCUCACUAAGCCUGCAGCUGCUGCAGAAAGACUCCUCUGAGAGCAAAGCACAGGACACUCGUGAUGAAAAAGCCAAGCCUGCAAUAAAAGUAGCAAACAAAAAGACCCCUGCUUCCAAGAUACCCAAAGAGAAGCCAAUCAAGCCCAAGAAAGAGGUCACAAAGGCUGGAAAACCAGCUAAGCCCGACCCUACUGCAAAAUCUAAGGUGGUUGGCCACCAGCCUAGCAUCGUGAGGAGCAUCACGUACUACAAGGCCUCUAGAAUGAACGAAGACGGCCAAAGAGGAGAACACUCAGUGAAAACACACCCGGUCCAUCAUCUCACAGAACACGAGUCUGAGGAAGGAGGGACUGAAACCAUCCUAGAACCUCUUGAGGCAACUGUGGCUGAGCGCUUUGAGACCACUGUAGCUCCCACUCCUUCCACUACCACUACUACCCCUGCCACCACAACAACCGUCACCACCACUUCAACCCCCUCAGAACCCACCACCACUACAACCCAAAGUAAACCCCUGUUUGAAAGGCCUGCUCCUACUAUUGUUCUUGUGCUGGACAACUCCAACAACAACAGUCGGCCCAGUCUCCACCGAGCAGGGAAGAUCCUGAACUGUGAAGGGACUUUGGCAUCCAUAGAGCAACCAGAGAAGCAACACAGUUAUGGGCGCAACGAAGGAGCCUGGAUGAAGGAUCCUUUGGCUAAGGACUCCAAGAUCUAUGUGACUAAUUACUACUAUGGUAACAACCUAGUGGAGUUCCGUAACCUGGAUAACUUCAAACAAGGGCGUUGGAGUAACCUUUACAAACUGCCCUAUAACUGGAUUGGGACUGGCCAUGUGGUUUAUAACGGAGCUUUCUACUACAACAGGGCCUUCACCAAGAACAUCAUUAAGUAUGACCUUCGGAUGCGAUAUGUGGCCGCCUGGACGCUGCUGCAUGAUGUCGUUUACGAGGAUACCACCCCCUGGAAAUGGAGGGGACACUCGGAUAUUGACUUUGCAAUAGACGAAAGUGGUCUGUGGGUAAUCUACCCAUCUUUGGACUAUGACUACAAUCAGCAAGAGUUGAUUGUGAUUAGUAAACUGGAUCCUGGAGAUCUGUCCCUGAAAAAGGAAACAACCUACCGAACAAGCCUCAAGCGGAACACUUAUGGAAACUGCUUCAUCAUCUGCGGCGUCCUUUACGCUGUCGAUGUGCACAACCAGAAAGAAGCAGAGGUGAACUAUGCCUAUGAUACCCACACAAAUACUGAGGCAAUCCCACGCCUACCCUUCACCAAUGAGUACUCCUUCACCACCCAGAUCGACUACAACCCCAAGGAUAAGCUUUUGUACGCAUGGGACAAUGGCAAUCAGGUCACAUAUCAGGUAAACUUCAUUGAGGAGUGAACACGUCCUAUGUGUCUGUAGGCCUGCCAAUAUGGCAACCAAUUACAGGAUUCUAAGUAUUUACCAGCCUUUAAGCCCACAUUAUUGGAUGGAACAGGACUGCUAUGUUAUUGUUUAGCUGACCUCAAACUAGUGUGACAAGAUCAAAAAGCAGGAUCAAGCUGAAAUCAUCUCACAGGUUGUAUUGAAAACAAUUAAAAGAGAAAAUAUUUACACGCAAUGUUAAUUAUGGAAUGUAGCUUUAAUAUCAAGAACUCAUCUAACACCUUCUACUUGAUUUAAAUUUGUUUCGCAUUGCGUAAUAUCUUUCAAAACAGGUUUCCAUACAGAGUUUUGAACCCUACACUUAUUUGCAGAGUUUCGAAAAACAAACUAUGACAAAAACCUGAAAACAUUAUUUUACCGAAUUUUUACCGUUCAACCGACAAGUGAC